AGCAAACACUUUAAUUACAAAAUUUUCGAUACUGACAUCUACUAAGUUUAUUUUUAACAUAAAAUCUAACAUUUUAAAAGUGGGUGGUACAUCUUAUAAUAAAUGCCGACGGAAUAAACCAACUCUCCGUAAACUGUACACGAAUUACAUGGCAAGUGUAAUGUGUUGACGGGAAUUUCACGGGCAGCAUGAGUUUGUCUUGGGCUCAAGUUUGACGGCCAAAGAACAGAAGAGAAGAUUAACUGAAGUAACAGCAAUGGCAACACAUUCUCUCCAUGUGUCUUGUCAGAUGAUAUGUAAAAAAAAGCCAAGUUCCGGUCAUUUUUAUGUGCAUUAACAGCUGUUGGAGAGCCCAAGAUCUCACGAGUUGUUCUAGUGAUGAAACAUGAAAAAGGAAAACACUAAUCCCCAUAUGAACUGUUUGGUAUUAUAUAGGUCAGAGACUACCUAAUCAUUUGAUCUUCUUCUAACCUUCAGUUUCAUACUGCUCUUACUGUCUUUCGCUCUCCACUGCUACCCCACUGGCCCCAUCACUGAUCGUGUGAAAAGAUGGUGGAGAAGUAAGAAAGAUAACAAGCCAGGAUAAAGAAAAGCAUUAUGAAGUUGAAAAAUGAAUUCUUCCUCCUCUUGUUCUUCUAUUGUUCUUCUGUUUUCUGCUACUCUAAGGAGGUUGAGAGCAUUGGAUUGAGCAGUGAAGUGUCGAUCCUGUUGUCGGUAAAGGCAAGCCUGAUCGAUCCGUUUGAUCAUCUCAAAGAUUGGGAAUUGCCGGAGAAUGCAGCAAACAGCUCAGCACACUGUGGCUGGACUGGAGUGGUAUGCAACUCCAAUGGUGCUGUUGAAAAGCUUGAUCUUUCCCACAUGAAUCUCACUGGCAGGGUUGCCGAUGAAAUCCAGGGAUUAAAGAGUCUGAGUUCUCUUAAUUUAUGCUGCAACGGGUUCUCCUCUCCGUUGCCUAAGUCUUUAACUAAUCUUACUGCACUUGAGAGCAUUGAUCUGAGCCAAAACUUGUUUAUCGAUCGGUUGCCUGUUGGUUUUGGAACGGCAGCAGGAUUGGUAGCAUUCAAUGCUUCUGGGAAUAACUUUUCGGGUUACCUCCCUGAGGAUCUUGGCAAUGCGACAUUGCUGGAGAGCCUGGAUCUCAGGGGAAACUUCUUUGGAGGCCCCAUUCCAAGAACUUACAAGAAUUUGGGGAGAUUGAAGUAUCUUGGCCUGUCGGGGAAUAACCUGACGGGCAGUAUACCAGCAGAGCUAGGAGAAUUAUCAGCACUCGAGACGAUGGUUCUUGGAUACAAUGAGUUUGAAGGUGGGAUUCCUGCAGAGUUUGGAAAUCUUACAAAUCUCAAGUAUCUUGACCUUGCCAUAGGCAAUCUUGGUGGGUCGAUUCCAGCUGAACUGGGAAAACUCAAGCAGCUGAGUACAGUCUUCUUGUACCGAAACAAUUUUGAGGGCAAGAUUCCACCAGAGAUUGGCAACGUGACUUCUUUGCAGUUUCUGGACCUUUCUGAUAACUUAUUAUCAGGAGAAAUUCCGGCCCCAGUAGCUGAUCUCAAGAAUCUGCAGCUAUUGAAUCUAAUGUGCAAUCAGCUAUCUGGUUCAGUUCCUGCUGGCAUUGGGAAAUUGACUCAACUGCAGGUACUUGAGCUUUGGAACAACACAUUGUCAGGCCCUUUGCCGAGUGAUCUUGGCCAGAAUUCACCUCUUCAACGGUUGGAUAUCUCAUCCAAUUCAUUCUCUGGCCCAAUCCCGACAAGUUUGUGUAAUAAAGGUAACCUUACUAAGCUCAUCCUGUUCAACAAUGCCUUCUCUGGUCCGGUUCCAGCCAGUUUAUCGACAUGUCAAUCGCUAGUUCGAGUUAGGAUGCAAAAUAAUCUCCUUUCCGGCACAAUCCCUGUUGGUUUUGGCAAACUUGGCAAACUUCAAAGGCUGGAACUGGCAAAUAACAGCCUCACAGGCCAAAUCCCAAGUGAUCUUUCUGCUUCCACUUCUCUUUCAUCCAUUGAUGUAUCAAGAAACCACCUUCAAUCUUCUCUUCCGUCCUCUGUUCUUUCCAUUCCAAAUCUGCAAAACUUCAUAGCCUCAGGCAAUAACUUGGUGGGAGAAAUCCCGGAUCAGUUCCAGGAUUGUCCUGCUCUUGCUUGGCUGGACCUCUCCUCAAACCAUUUCACUGGAAGCAUUCCAGCAAGCAUUGCUUCAUGCGAGAAGCUUGUGAUUCUAAAUCUUCGCGACAACCAGUUGAUCGGGGGGAUUCCUAAACCUAUUGCGCUGAUGCCCGCAUUGGCUGUCUUGGAUCUGGCAAACAACUCUCUGACUGGAGGGAUUCCUGAGAAUUUUGGGAACUCUCCAGCCUUAGAGAUGCUCAAUGUUUCUUAUAACAGGCUAGAGGGUCCUGUCCCUUUCAAUGGCAUGCUCAGGACUAUUAAUCCUGAUGAUCUCAUUGGCAAUGCAGGCCUAUGUGAUGGCGUGCUUCCACCGUGCUCUCAAAAUGCAGCAUACGCAUCAAGACAGCAUGGCUUACACGCAAAACACAUUAUUGGAGGAUGGAUAAUUGGGAUUUUGACUCUGGCUGCUGUUGUUAUAGCAGUUCUUGGAGCUCGAUCUCUGUACCAGAAAUGGCAGGAUGGGAAUUGCUUCGAGGAAAGAUUCGAAGCAGGCAAUGGGGAGUGGCCUUGGAGAUUGAUGGCAUUCCAGAGGCUAGUUUUCAAUAGUAAUGACAUUCUUGCUUGCAUCAAGGAAUCCAAUGUGAUAGGGAUGGGGGCAACUGGGACAGUUUACAAGGCUGAAAUACAAAGACUGAACACAACCGUUGCGGUAAAGAAACUAUGGAGAUCGACAAGUGAUCUUGAGAUGGGAGGCAGUGAUGAUCUAGUGGGAGAGGUGAAUUUGUUAGGGAGGUUAAGGCACCGGAACAUUGUGAGGUUGUUGGGAUUUCUUCACAAUGACUCUGAUGCAAUGAUUGUCUAUGAGUAUAUGCAGAAUGGUAGCCUUGGAGAGGCUUUACAUGGCAAAAAAGCAGGAAGUUUGCUGGUGGAUUGGGUUUCAAGGUAUAACAUAGCAGUUGGGGUUGCGCAGGGGCUGGCUUAUCUCCAUCACGAUUGUCAUCCACCCGUGAUCCAUCGAGAUGUGAAGUCAAAUAACAUAUUGCUUGAUGCCAAUCUUGAGGCAAGGAUUGCUGAUUUCGGGUUGGCAAAAAUGAUGCUCAAGAAGAAUGAGACAGUUUCAAUGGUAGCAGGAUCUUACGGAUAUAUAGCCCCCGAGUAUGGUUACACGCUGAAAGUUGAUGAGAAGAGCGACAUCUACAGCUAUGGAGUAGUUCUCAUGGAAUUGCUAACUGGGAAGAGACCAUUAGACCCCGAUUUUGGAGAUUCUGUUGAUAUUGUAGAAUGGAUACGCAGAAAGAUUCGUGAAAACAGGCCUUUGGAAGAAGCUCUAGACCCUUCUGUAGGGAACACCAAACAUGUUCAAGAAGAGAUGCUCUUAGUUCUCAGAUUCGCGAUUCUUUGCACUGCCAAGCUCCCCAAAGACAGACCCUCAAUGAGAGACGUUCUGUCGAUGCUUGGAGAAGCAAAGCCUCGGAGAAAAAGCAGCAGCAGCAGCAGUGGAGGUAAUGCUAAUACCAACAAAGACAGGCCAUUAUUCAACAAUUCACCUGUGAAUGGCCUUGUGUGAGUAUAACAUUGCAUGCUUCUUCCAGGCCAAGAUUAUUUUUUGGUUUUCAAUAUGUACCUAGAUUUAUAUUCAUUUUUUUUUUAGUUAUUUGUAAGUUUUUAUAACUUGUGUCUAGAAUUAGAGGGCUAUGCCUAUGGGAAAUGAUCAUGCAAAUGAUUUUGUAGCUCUCUUCAUGUUACAUAGUCAGAAAACUUCAACAGGAGUGCACAGUUUUAUUGCACCCAGAAUUAAAGGAAACUGCAUUUAGUUUUUGACAUCAGUACAUGAUACUGAUUUAGUUCAAGUCGAAGAUGGAAGAAUUGAAAGAUUUGUCAGUGAAGUAAAAUAUUCGACUUCCGCGUAAAAUAUUCGACUUCCGCUCCAAAUUCCACACACCCGUCAAAGAAAACUAAGUACAAGAAGAUGAACAAGAGAUUCUAAAGCCAAAAAGACAAACAAAAGCAUCAACAACCUCAUACAAAGACAACAAAUACUUUUCUUUCAUUAGGAGUUUGCGAGUGCAACAAAACCCAAAACUGAACAAUUUGCCACUCUCAUACUUACAGUGUAUCAAAUGGCAACUCUCAGUAUGCUUACCUAUAAGACAGAAGAAAAGAAAGGGCAUUCAUCAUGUGCAGACAUAAGUGCACUGCCCAAGACGGUAUAUAUGAUCGUGUCGAAAUAGUAUUAGUAAUAAAAUGUAAAAGGUGACCAAAACCUAGCACGCAAAAGGAGGCAGAGCCAGGAC